CAGACAUCAUCGGUGUUUGACUGAGGUUGUUAUGUUGGUGUAGUUUCGUAUGAGAUGUGAUGGUGGUGUAUUAAUGUUAGUUAAUUAAUUGUACAGUUUACACUUAUAUUAGGAUUUAACGCGUAAGUGAAUUUAUUAGGUGUUUAAAAUAUACAGAGUGGUGUUUUGGGCAUUUUAAAUGAUAAUACUAUUUUCACUGUGGACCUCAUAGACUAGUCAUUUUUCUUUAACCUAUCUUAUUUCAGAAACAUAAUGUCAAAGUUACUUAACUGAACCAUAUUUUAGAACGAUUAUUAUAAGUAUAAAUCCAUUGAUUUUAAAUUUUAGUAUCAACUUACUAAACAAGUGAAAUAUGCCGCUUCCAGCAGCCCUUGCAGCAAGGUUAGCCAAACGAGGUUUGGUCCCAGAUAAAGUUAUUGAGGAUAAUUUGGAAGGCAACAAAACUAGUGACCAAACUGUUAAUACUAUUACAGAGGUAGUAGACACAUCAAAAUUGGAACAAGAAGAGGAAGUAAUAGCAGAAAAUUAUGAUGAUCAAAUUGAAAAUCAGGAACCAAAUCAAAUGAUAAGCAAGCCUCAGAUACAGUUUAAUGACGAAGACAGUAAUGAUUCUUUUUUGGAUAGUUCAGGUAGAAAAUUUAAGGGAUUCGCAUACUGUCCAAACAAAAAUAACAUCUUUCAUGACUGCACAAAGUUUUGCGAAGAAACCUGGAAGAAACGUGAACCUGAUCCAAAAUAUUUGAAGAGGAAAAAGAAAAUGCUAGCAAAAUAUCCUCUACCAAGUCACUGGAAAGAAGUAUAUGAUGCUGGAAUUGGACAUUUUUAUUAUUGGGAAGUUGAUAGUGAUUCUGUUUCUUGGCUUCCUCCUUCUCAUCCUAAAGCUGUUAUAACCGAAUCUGCUGCUAUAUGUCGUCAGCAGAGAGAUUUAUUGUCAGAUUCAGAAGACAAUGAUUCUGAUGAAAAAAGUGAAAAGAGUGAAUCCUCCGAUGAAGAAAGUGAAGAUGAAGCCCAACGCAAGAAAGAUAUUAAAAGACGAAGACUAGAAGAAAUGGAGAAAUCAAGAGCUAAAGGAAGAAACAAAUUGAAAGAAAAUAAUUUAGAUCCCAUGGACCCUGCAGCCUACUCAGAUAUACCAAGAGGAGGAUGGUCUGAUGGACUAAGUAGGGGAAAUGAAGCUAAAACUGGCGUUGACGUAACUGCAUCUGGAUCGCUGUAUCAAAUGCGACCUUACCCUAACCCUGGUGCUGUGUUAAGAGCCAAUGUUGAACACAAGAAAAUUCCUCCAAACGCAUUGAAACCAGUUGUUAAUAAGCCUGAAAAACCUGAAAAAGGAAAAAAGCGUUAAUCUGAAUCAAAUGUGACCAAACAUUUUGGCCUGUAUUUAAAAACUGUGUUAAUUAAAUUUGUUAAUUAGUGAUAAAA